CUUUUGUUGACCCUAAUGCAAAAAUUAAGAGCAGUGGAGUUGAGGUGGAAUCAAGUAGGGAUGCCUGGUGUUACAGUGAAAGACGUCAACCAGCAGGAGUUUGUCCGUGCCCUUGCGGCUUUCCUGAAGAAGUCAGGAAAGCUGAAGGUGCCUGACUGGGUGGACCUGGUCAAGCUGGGUAAGCACAAGGAGCUUUCUCCCAGCGAUGAGAACUGGUUCUACAUCAGAGCUGCAUCUACAGUUCGCCACCUGUAUCUCAGAGGGGGUGCUGGUGUUGGCUCCAUGACCAAGAUUUAUGGUGGUCGCAAGAGGAACGGUGUGUGCCCUGCCCACUACAGCGUUGGAUCAAAAAAUGUGGCUCGCAAGGUGCUGCAGUCUCUUGAGCUCCUCAAGAUGAUUGAGAAGGAUCCCAAUGGUGGCCGAAGGCUGACCCCCCAGGGAACAAGAGACCUGGACAGAAUUGCUGGCCAGGUUGCAGCUGCAAACAAAAAGUCUGUUUAAUAAACAUUUUUUUCUGCACAAAGUCAAAAUUGGUGUGUGUAUUAUUUGAGAAAAAAUGAGCCUUUUAAAAUCAUUCUCAGCAUA